ACUAUGUUUCAUUUACUUCUGGGAGUUCAAACCCUGGCAUCUUGAUGUAUGCUUCUGAUGCUGCUACUUUUGUUAGUAAGGUUAUCCACCGAUUUCGUUCUGUAAUGUUGCCCCCGGCGCCCUCUUAAAUCAAUAUUUGGUGACAUGUAACAUGACGGACACUAUUUGUCCAAUAUCGUACGUAGUAGUCAUUUCGUAUCAUUUUAAUCUUUAACUGGUCAUUUUUAUGUAGCCAUUACCAUUGAUCGGCUCAUUCAAGUAUGCGACAUGUGCGCCAUCUCUCCUAUCAUGUUUACACUUACUACUUAAAGCAUUAGAAUACAUUUGAACUAACUUUUAACAGCUAAGCUGGCCCAAGGAUGGCGAAGUCACUUUACCAAGCAUUUAUUAAGAAAUUAAGAGUAAUGCUUUUUACAAGGUGCAGUUUUGAUGCGGGUCAAAGAAUAACAUAGGAUGUGAAGAAGUUUGCAAAUGACUUAUCAGACUGGUUAUGAGGUUUACCUAGAGAUGAAGCUGUUAACUGGACUAAGAAGGAUGGUUACUUCAUAUGCUUAUAUGUUGUUGGGUAUAGGUCUGCUAAGAAAUGUGACACCUGAAUUUGGUGAUCUAACAAGUCAAGAGCAAGAACUUGAAGGAAUAUUUAGGUUGUUUUCCUAUGACUCUGUUUCUUCUUUUGAAUCAAUUGGUUUUGUAUGUUUCUUAGCAGUUGCUAAAGAUACUGGGCUUUACUCGGCAUUUGAAUUUAUAAAAAUUAGGUUUAUGCACACGAGAUUCCUUAACCAUGCUGAAUCAUUGCUUUCUUUGGCGGCGGUGCCUUGCGAAAAAACUCUUCAGCAAACCGAUUGGUUACUUGGAGAUACUUCUGAAGAAGAAAUGGCUGUUUGGUAUACUGGAUGAUUUUGUGACCAAACAACUAGCACAUAAUGUGACUUGGGGAUUGAGCUUGCUGUGUGAAAUGGAGCACAAAGGAAAUCUGUACAUAACAUCUGCUCAAGGUUUGGAUGGUCUUCCGGUACCUUCUUCUACAGCAACUAACAUUCAAGCAAAGGCUCGUGUCUCUGAUCUCAUUGAUCAUGUUAACAAAUGUUGGAAGACUGAUCUCAUAAAUGAUCUUUUCGACAGCAACACUGCUUCCCUUAUCCUUAACAUGAGGAUACCUAGAUGCAGCAAAGAUAAACUUGUGUGGACUCUCACAAAAAAUGGGUUUUUCACAGUGAAGUCAGCAUAUUAUGCUCUUUACAAUCAGAAGUUCCAUCAAGGAGUGAGCAUGGCUCAAGCUUCUCAGAACUCUUUCUGGAAAAAAAUCUGGUCUAUAAAUGCCAUUCCUAGAAUAAAGCUUUUUGUAUGGAAGUGUGUGAGAGACAUUCUUCCAUCACAUGAAAGACUUAAUAGGAAUUACAGUCAACAAGAUAUAAAGUGUAACAGAUGCAGAAGUGAGGAUGAAUCUAGUCUUCAUAUGCUCUUGUACUGCCCAUUUGCUAGAUCAAUAUGGUUUACUACAGUUGGUUAUAGGUGCAAUGAAGGGCAGUUUAAUAGUUUAAAAAUUGGAUUCUCAGCUGGUUUGAAGCAGGAGAUAGUAUGGUCAGCAAGAUGGCUACUAUAGCAUGGCAUAUUUGGAAGUGCAGAUGUGACUUGGUUUUCAGUAACAAACUUACUUCCAUACAGCAGCUUACAGUCCAGAUUAAUCGAUUUCUUAAUAAUUCUGCUAGUGUUACCAGGGACACUAGCAAAGCCAACCCUUCUCAUACUAUGCCAACAUGGUCUCCUCCUUUAGAUGAUUAUGAAAAUAUAAUUCUAUCAUUAAAAAUGGUGGAUAUGGUCUAAUAAUAGGUAACUCUACAGGUACCCAUCUAGCCUCAAGAUGUAAAAGCUUCAGCAAGGUCCCUGGCUCUGAAUUUCUGUAGUGUGUGGAUGCUGUGGAAUGGGCUAUUUCUCUUGACCUAAAGAAGAUUGUGCUGGAGUCUGACUACCAACCACUGAUUACAACCAUUCUUGGCAAAGAUACUGCUAUUCCUUGGGAAUUAAGAGGCAUUGCUGAAGACAUUCAAGACUUAUUAGGAUUUUUUGAUAAUUGGUAUUGUAAGCACACACAUAGACUAGCAAAUAAAUGUGCGGAUGAAUUAGCUAAGUAUGCC